AUGGGAGUUACGAAGGAUUAUUUGCGUUAUAAUUUGAGUGGUACUUGUAAUAUCAUUGCAUCAACAAAUGGAGUUUUAGUAGCUAUUACUGAUUCUAUCUGUGCUGUUGCUGCAUGUGAAAAUGUAUAUUUCUAUAAUUUAAGAACAUGCGAAAAGAAAAUAUAUUUUCAAUUUGGAUUGAAAACAUGGAUGAUUUCAAAAUGUGAUUUAAAUAUGAUUCAUCUAUUUUAUUCAUUUUUUUAUUUUAUUCAUUAUAUUUUAAUCGGCUUUUCAGACAAAUGCGAAUUCAUAACUUUUUCUGGGCAUAAAACUGGUGUUAAUUGUCUUGCAUUUAGCCCUGAUGAACUUGUCCUUGCAUCAGGUGGUAAGGAUUCUCGAAUUGUAUUGUGGGAUAUUGUUAACGAAUGUGGGUUAUGUCGAUUGAAUGGCCACAAAGGCUGCAUUACAAAUCUUCAAUUUACUCAAAAUGGACAUUUUUUGAUCAGUAGUUCGAAGGAUACAUUCAUUAAAUUUUGGAACUUACAUACUGAAAAUUGUUUUUAUACUCUCACUGAUUCCCGUUCUGAAGUAUAUACAUUCGCGUUGCUUAAGAAUGAUACUCUGCUACUCGUAGGUACGGCGGAACUCGAAAUCCGAAUUUUUCAGUUAAGAUGGUUUGCUGAAUGUGAAACCUAUGAUGAAGAUUUAAACAGUAUCGAUAGGAAUACAGAAGAGUCUUGGAGCGAUGUUGAUGGCCAAGCAAAUGUUAUUUUUUAUAUAGUUUGCCAUACAUUGAGAUAUGUGCGGUGCAAAAAAUUAGGUCAUUUAUUUCGUCAGGCCAAGGGACGUGCUGUUCAAAUAGCUUUUAGCGCUGAUGAAAGAAUCUUCACUUGUUUAGGUGCUUCCAAUGUAGUCGAUAUUUAUCGAAUAUAUAGCGAUGAUGAAAGAAGGAAAAGAAUUUCUAAAAAAUUGCGAAGAGCAAAAAAGAGAGCAUGUGAAAGAGGUGAAACUGAUACUUUAGCGGAAAACGAUGUUGCAAAAGAUAUAACAACUAUUAUCUCACGAAUAGGCGAUUAUAGAUCAAAUUCUAAGUUUUUUGCUUUACAAGCCAACAAUGCAUUAAAUUUUGUGGUCGCUACUGCAAAUUUCAAAUCGAAUAAAAUAGAACAUUCGAUUUUGUCUAAUCUUGAUAAGUUAGGACAUCGGUAUGAUAUCAGAUGCCUUGCGAUGGCUGAAAAUGAUUUUGGUUUCGCAUCGGGAAGUUCAGAAUGUGCUAUUGUUUGGAAUCGUUACAGUUUGAAGAUCAUUAACAUGUUGGAGGAUGAUGCGAUGAAGGAAGUAACUGCAAUUUUGUUUGUCACUGGCGAUAAACAUUUAAUCACUGGCACUGCUGUAUCGUCUGGCAGUCUUUUUCUGUUCGAUUUGGCUACUAAUGAGGCAUUAGAUUUUCGAAAAAAAGCUCAUAGUGGCGUCAUAUGGCAGCUUUCUCCAACUCCAGAUAAGAAAGGAUUCAUCUCCUGUAGUGCCGAUAAAAAACUCAUAUACUGGAGUUAUGAAUUGGUCAAAGAUAUGUUUAAAAAUGUGCUUUCAUUCCAAUCGAGGCGCAUUCUGGAAUUGCCAGAUGAGGCUCUCUGUUUGGCUGCCAGCACCGAUUCUAGAUUGAUUUCUGUAGGCCUUUUGGAUAAUACAGCUAGGAUUUAUUUUGUGGAUACUUUCAAAUUCUUCAUUUCAUUGUAUGGUCAUUCAUUACCUGUUACAACAAUUCAUAUUUCAUCAGAUUGCAAAUUGGUGAUCACAGGUGGAGCAGAUAAAACUGUAAAAAUAUGGGGGUUGGAUUUCGGUGACUGUCAUAAAUCACUGUUUGCCCAUAAUGAUAUUGUAACUUGUGUACAGUUCGUUCCAAAUGAACACCUUUUUUGGUCAGCAGGAAAAGAUGGUUUAUUGAAACAGUGGGAUGCUGAUAAAUUUGAACAAAUACAAGUAUUGAGUUUGCAUUCAGCAGAAAUUCGUGCUAUAACACAGACAAACAGUGGCAGAUAUUUGAUUUCUGCAUCUCACGAUAAAUCAGUUCGAAUGUGGGAAUUAAGUGAAGAAAUUCUAAAUUUACAAGAAGAACAAGAAAUAGAAAGAGAGAAAGAGUAUGAAAAACGGCUUAUUGAAGUGGAAGAUAUUGUGCCUGGUGAAGAGCGAAUUGUUGAGGCUGAUUUAGCGGCUCAAAAAAGUAUUCAUAGUAUUGCAUCGGCUGAAAAAAUAAUAAAUGCAGUGGAAAUUGUAAGGAAAGAAAUGGCUGCUAAAGGCGAUAAUCCCUACGAGCAACAUAAUUCAUUGGUACAAUAUAUGAAUAGCUCAUCAUUUGACUUUUUUAUUCUUGAUAUAAUUCAGAAAAUUCCAUCAAGCCAUCUAGAAAAAAGUUUACUUAUGGUGCCAUACAAAUUUGUGCCGGAUAUUUUGCAUGCAUUGGGAACGUGUAUUUCAAAGUAUUAUAGAGUCGAACUGGCUUCUCGUGUUCUUAUGUUCCUAAUCAAAAUACAUCAUAAUUUUAUAAUUAAUUCUUCCGAAUUACUUCCUACAAUCGACGUGCUGCGCAAAUCUGUUCCACUUGCGCUGGAACAUUUGAAGGAUGUAUGUGGGUAUAAUUUCGCAGCAUUACGUCUUUUUAAGAAACAGAUUGAAGCACGCACAGAAACAAACUUUUUCGCAGAUGUUUCCGAAAUAUCAACGAAAGAAAAUCGAAAAAUCAAAAAAAAAACAGCCGUUUAA